AUUUGAUCAGUCAAGCGGCGACUCCUCUUGUUGAAGGAAUCUCUUGAUAUCUUCUAAAUUUUUUAUUCCCGAUUUAUUUUUAAUCGAAAGAUUCGCAAGUUCGUGUCGUCGAUCGUUGACUCUCCAGGAUUUCUUUUGUGACGAGAAGAGCGCGACGGGUGAUUGGUGUUGCUUGUCGAUUAAAAAAAUCGGAUUAAAAGUUCUGAUUAAUAGACAACGAUUUAAACGAAAUCGUGGAAGAUUAUCUUGAGGAAUCUCAAAUAAGACGAACAAUUGGACGAGUUUCGAGGAUUUAAACUUACAUAAAGACCGUUGCGAUUCACUAAACUUAUAAUUUCCUCAGCGUUCGAAACAGUACAAAAUAGUACAAAAAAUUCAAGAAAUUAUAAAAUCUCGAAAUAUUUUAUGAUUUUUUUUAUAACUGUUUUGUAAAAUUAAUUGCGUAAAUUGGCUGUGAACGCGACGGUUUGAAAUUUUUACGCUUUAUUCCCCUUGAAAUCUUUGCUGCUUAUUGCAAAAGGAUAUUGUAAGAAUUAUUUACACAAAUAUCAACAAAGAGUCGUGUACCUUCUAGAAACGGAGACCAAAGUGCAACGAACUGAGACUGCAUAAACGUACGUGUAAUGUAAUGCGUUUUGUAGAUGAUAUAGGAGAAAUUUCUACCCAUUUUCUUUGGAUCCAUUGUGCUAAUCUGGAUGGAACUUUGAAAAAACUGUAUACCAAAUGAUCAAAAUACGAUCGACGCUACUAUUUCAAACUGAACAGAAAUAAUCACGUAUGAGGAAAGUGGGAAUUAAUAUCAGCAUAUUACAGAGAAACAACAAACAUAAUUUAUAUUGGAUAAUAGUUGAGUCAGUUGGCAAAUUGUAAGGUCAGGCCAUUGCGAUUGUAUUCCGGGCAGUAUACGUUAUUAGAUUAGCACUUUACGUCACGUUGAGAUAAGUUCUUCAACGAAAUCGAGGAAACAAAUAAUAGGUGGAAUUCUACAUAUCGCAAUUAUGUUGGCGAACAACACUUUGUCAACUUUUGUGUCCAAUAAAACAGCGAUAACUAAUAUAGGAACAAAUGUGGCACGGACAAGACAUGUGACAUUAGCGUCUCAGCUUAUAUUAACCCUCGUCUACAUAACCGGUGUCAUUGGUAACGUGUCUGCCCUGGUGAUCCUUUUCCAUCGGGACAAGAGAAGAAACCGCAAGCACUUGUUGAUGCUGCGUUGUCUGGCAACCAACGAUCUCGUGGCAUUAUUGGGGAUGUUGGUACAGAUGUAUGUAACAAUUUAUGCGGACGGUGUGUCAUCCACUAGAGUAUUUUGCUCCCUGCGGGUAGUCUGGCGACUUUUCGGUCUCUUCAGCGGCUGCGUCGCCAUCGUCAUGGCCGUGGAGAGAUGGUUAGCUUUGACUAGACCUUUCGUUUAUCAAAAGCAGGUGACGUAUCCGGUAAUUGUGCGUUGUAUGUUAGCGCUUUGGUUGGUCGCGUUGACGAUGACCAGUCUUCCGGUUAUGGGCUUCGGAUUAUAUUAUAAAGACAAACAAUGCAAGCGUUAUCGAGAGGCCACCGAGCUGAGAGAUAUCGCUUAUGCUUAUGUAUGGUUCAUUUUUGGUACUCUUUUGUGUUUAUCCAUUGUCUGGUGCAACUUAGCGGUUUUUAGAGCCUUAAGUAAGUUAAGUCAACGCACAAUUGCCCUUCGGAGAAUCUCCAGAGCUUCGUCGAAGGCAAAACCUUUGCUAACCGUAGCCGGACUAGCCAAUCAACCGGAAAUGGUUGCUACAACUGAGGAAAAAGCAUUCGCGAGACUUAUGGCUGUAUUAUCGAUAUCAUUCGUUAUUUGCUGGAUGCCUCACAUGAUUUCUAUUCCAUUGGCUCAAUUCGCGCUGCCGUUACCUGAAAAGGCGAUAGCACGGAAAUGCAUUAAAAUCUUCCACGUCAUAGCCGACAUUCUUUUGUGCAUUCACUUUACCCUCGAUCCAUACAUUUACGUACUUUUGCGAAUACCACGGCCGAGAUUUCGAUUGUUGAAGCCCCUCUGUAGGAUAUGCUGGCCGGAUCGAAGCCGCUCCAACUCUUUUACAGGUACGACGGAUCGUGGCAGCGGUGAUCUACCCACGCCGAAUACUGCUCCAUCGACUCCUGUCAGUGAGGAACAGGAUUUGCCUUUGGCUACAGCAUCUCUCUGACAAGAGAGUGGUCUAUGCAAAUGAUUUUUCUAAAGCGAUUGAAAACUCACAAUGCGAUCCGCGUGUGAAUUUAAUUCGCUUCAAAGGUGGGAGACAUUCGCUCACUUUUUUUUAUUGACUCCGCUCAUUUGUAUAAGGCAAGUGAAAGUGACGUUGAUUUUACGCGCACGAAAUCAAAAUUUUAUUAAUAGGUUUGUUUGCGUAAGCUUCUAGUCAACAACGAGAGCGUAAAAAUAAAUGACGGGAUGCAAUUAAUCGCGCGAAAAAUUAAAGGGUAAUGUGACCGCGGCUGCUUGAGAAAUAUUCUUUCCAAUACUCAAAAUUCAAAAUGCAGAAUGGAAAUAUAAAUCUCCACAUCCUCGUGGGAUUUUAAACAGAAAAUGUAGUUUACGAGAUAUAGACAGUCUUACAUCUACAUCUAUAGUUUAGAAUGUAUAAAAUAAGAAGAUAAUUUUAAAGAUUUAUGUCACAUGUAUUUAAAAUAUUGUCCAGUCUUGGAUGCAAUGUACCAUGAGAGAGAAAUCUAUUCUACAUACCUCUAUGUACUAUUAUAUAAUAUAUUCUGUAUUGUGUGUGCAAUUACAACUUAGAGCGUAGGAAUGUUGUCAGUAUAUUUGUAAACGACUUUAUUUUAAACGAAUAUCGUUAUUUGUACAUAAUAUCAUAUAUACAUAUGUUAAUGUAUUUUGUGUAUAGCGCGCAAUGUCGCGUAGCAUUUGCGCGUUUAACAACUUUCAAAUAAACGUUAAUCCGAAAUUAUCUAAA